GUCGCCUGGUGACCGCGAUGGCCGGGCGCGGAGGAGAGGGCGGCGGGCAACCCCUGGAAGAACCCCAGGAUCAGGAUGCCGAAAGCCUGCAGGAAUCACCCUCAGAAGAGGAGAUGGGGGCGCGCCCCAGUGCUUCAGAGUCGGAAGAGUUGGAGGAAUCCUCGGAGUCCUCGUCGGAGGAGCUGGAGAGUCCGGGGCGGUGGGAAAGCGAGUCAGAGACCACCUCAUCCCGGGAGAGUGAGCUGCUGAGCCCCAAGGACACCAGGCACCCAGCGAGCACGACCAAGGAGUCCUCCGAGCCGCUCAAUCCCCCAUACCGCAGUCCAGAGGUGCAGCAACAGGAGGACGCUCGGGCCCAGUCCCCCGGUGCCAGGACGCGCCCAGAAGUGACGGUGCCGUCAGGGACCCCCUCAGGCCGGGGCCAGCUCCAGCACAGUAUGGGCAGCAGCAGUUCUGUCUCCAUCACCGGCGAGACGGCCCAACACCCUGGAGUCCCCCAAGGAGAACCAGGUCAUAGCCCCCCAGAGGAGGGGCCACACCCCUCCUUUCUGGACCAACUGCAGCACCUGAGUGUGGUGGAGGGCCUGGAGGACCAGAGAUUCCACCCUGAAGGGAGUGAGGAGUUGAGUGAGGACAAUCAGCUGGUGGUCUUGGACCCUGACCACCCGCUCAUGAUCAGGUUCCAAGCUGCCUUGAAGCGCUUCCUGACGCGGCAGAUCGACCAGCUGCAGCUGGAGAUCAAGGAGCUGUACAUGGCCACCAAGCAGAGCCAAGCGCAGCGGCAGGAGCUGGGGGUAGAGCUGUAUGGGGCGCAGCAGAGCCUGGCGGAGCUGCAGGGGCGGCUGGAGAAGAGCCACGGGCUCCACGCGCAGGCGGCCCGGGACCGGCAAGUCUGCGAGGACGAGCUGCGCAUCGUGCGCCACAGCUACGAGAAGGCCCGCCAGGAGGCCGAGGGGGAGCACAAGAAGAUAACCGAGCUGCAGGCCGAGCUGGAGAAGCUGCUCCUCCACCUGCUGCACACACAGAGCCUGGAGGCGGACGUGCGGGAUGACAUCAACACCAUGCGGCUGGUGGUGAAGAAGGCCGAGAGCGAGCGGCGCAAGGCGGAGAAAGAGAAGCUGCAGCAGGACCUGCACGUAGACCGGCUGACCACACAGGUGAAUGAGUUGGAGGAGCAGAUCGCCCUGCUGGAUGCCCAGCGCCUCGCCCAGGCUGAGGACACACGCGUGCUCAGGAAGGCAGUCAGCGAGGCCUGCACCGAGGUUGACGCCAUCCAGGUGGAGAAACAGCACAUCCUGAACCAGUGGGGCAACAGCUUACUAAGCAUGCGUGGCCGUGAUGAAGCGCACCUCGUGGCCCAGGAGGCGCUCAGGGAGAUGCAGCACCGCGUCCUUUCCAUUGAUGGAGAGCUAGACGGCUUCAAGAAGUCCAUCGUGCGCGAGGAGGUGAGGAACGAGAAGCUAGCGAGCAUCCUGAGCCGUGCCGAGAGCGAGGCCGCGGUGCUGCAGAAGCUCAUGGCCCAGAGUGUCACGCGGUACGAGGCCCUGCAGAACGACUUUACCACCUACCGCCUGGCGCUGCAGAACACGGAGGAUGCGCUGCAGAAGACCCAGGCAGAACAGGCAGCCGCCACCGAGAUGCAGCAAGAGGUGAUCAGACAAGUGCAACAGGAGCUGGAGUUGCGGAAGCAGAUGGAGACCCGCAUGGUGGAGACACUUCGCGAGCAGGUCACCUCCAACAAGAUGAGUAAAGCCUUCCACCAGCAUAUCAAGAAGCUGGAGAAGGAGAAGACUGACCUGGUGACGCACUUCUCCAAGAUCGAAGGCGACAUCGCGCAGACCACCGUGGACAUCGCCAACACCAGCUGCCGGCUGGACGUGCAGCAGAAGGCGCUGGCCGAGCUGGACAAGGAGGUCAAGAAGGUCAAUGACUUCAUCGUCAACAGCCAGAGCGAGAUCUCGAGGCGUACCACGCUCAUCGAGAGGAAGCAGAGCACCAUCAACCACUUCAACAAGCAGCUCGAGAGGAUGGUGUCGGAGCUGGGGGGUGAAGAGCUGGGGCCCCUGGAGAGGGAGAUGAAGCGGCUCAACAAGCUCAUCGAGGAGCACAGUGCCAGCCUGACGCAGGCGCAGGGCAACUGGCUGCGGCUGCAGCAGGACAUGGUGGCAGCCACGCACGAGCGCGAGAACCACCUGGCGUCCAUGGCCUCGUCGCAGAAGGAGCUGCACAUCCUGGAGCAGAAGAAGCUGCGGAUAGAGAACAAGAUCAGCAUGGAGAAGAAGGAGCAGAAGCAGAUCGAACGACACAUGCGGGGCCUGGACAACGACCUCCAGAAACUCAACACGCUUCUAGGCCAGAACCGAAGCAGCACCGAGCAGCUGCAGCAGGAGACCUUUGUGACCCAGGGAGAGUUCCUGUGCCUACUCAAGGAGUCUGAGAGGGAGACCAUCCAGAUGCAGGACAAACUGAGCCAGCUCAGCGAGGAGAAGGCCACCUUGAUGAACAACCUGAUAGAGACCGAACACCAGAUCAUGCUCUGGGAGAAAAAAAUCCAGCUGGCCAAAGAGAUGCGCAACUCCGUGGACUCCGAGACCGGCCAGACAGAGAUCCGGUCCAUGAAGGCAGAGAUCCAUCGCAUGAAGGUCCGAUAUGGACACCUGCUGAAGCAGCAGGAGUCGCUGGUCCGCAGCAUGGAGCAGGCCGUGGAACGCAGGGACACCAUCGCCGCUAGUGCUCAGGGCCGAUCCCAGGCCAACUCCAAGCUGCUCACGGAGACCGACUUCCACAACAAGCUGCUGGAGUUGCGCAGGAAGAUCAAGGAGACGCAAAAGGCCUCGGAGGAGAAUUCACAGACCAUCCAAGAACUGGAAGGGACACAGAAGGGCGUGAGUGACUCACUGGUGGACCGGCAGACAAAGCUGGCCCAGCUACAGGCUGAGCUGGACCAGCUGGAGCCGGGCGUGGAUUCGCUCCUGGCCCUCAAGCGGCAGAAUCUUCUGCAGCUGGUGGCCCUGCAGACACGCCAGAAGCACCUACAGGCAGUCAAGGAUGGCCGCUACGUGUUCCUGUCCCGCCCCGGGGCCCUGACCGGGCCUAGCAUUGAGCACAGGCGCCUGGAGAAGCGGCUGGACAUUAUCAGUAACAUCCUGGCCCAAGCAAUGGAGGAACACCCCGAGUUUUGGGACACCCUGCUCAAGGUCUCUCAGGCCCUCACCCACAGGGCACUGGUGCCAUGGCCCUCCUAGGAUGGGGCCUGAGUCCUGAAAACCAGAUCCCCCACAGAGAAGACCCAGCAGGAGGUCGGAGUUUGUUUGGGGCACUGAUGGAUUUUAGGGAGCCUGCCAGCCUCGCGGUGGGUCCCUGCAUCUUCAUGAAUAAAAAGGAAGUGUGGAAGCAGGAGGCUGGUAGAUUGACUUCCAUGGUGCAAAGGGACCACUGCACAUCCAACACCUAGCUCACCAGG